AUGUACUCCCAGCUUCGUCCCGACAGCCUCUGGGUCCUGCUGCUGCUCUGCAUCCCUGCUGCACGCACAGCAAAAUGUCCACAGCAGUGCAUCUGCGACCAGAUCCAGCUCACCGUGACCUGCGUCAACAAGAACCUGACCCAAGUUCCUCCCACAGUCGACGAGAUCACGGUGAAAUUAGACCUCCGAGGCAACGACAUCCAGGAACUUCCCACCGGGGCUUUCAAACACACUCCCUACCUGACUCACCUGUCGCUGCAGCGCUGCAACAUCCGCAGGGUGAAGGAGGGGGCUUUCCGUGGCCUCGGUCGCCUGGUCUUCCUCAACCUGGCCAACAAUAACAUUGACAUCCUCUACCAGGAGUCAUUCGACGGCCUGUCCUCGCUGAAGCAGCUUAUGAUUGACCGCAACCGCGUGGAAGAGAUCCAGCCCGGAGCUUUCUCUCAGCUCGGCUUCCUCAACCUGCUGUCCCUCACACACAACCAGCUGGUCUACAUCCCCAACAUGGCCUUCCAGGGCUUGCAGAACAUCAAAUGGCUUCGCCUUAGUCACAACUCUCUGAACUACCUGGACACCGAGGCCUUCGCUGGUCUCUUCACGCUCACCCGUCUCAGCCUGGACCACAAUGAGCUGCAGUUCUUCCCCACUGAGACCAUGACCAGACUGCCAGAGGUGACCCGUCUUGAUCUGAGCUACAACCCAAUGACUUACCUCGGGGAAGAGGUGGUGUCCAUGGCCAAACUGACCCACCUCUUCCUGGACCACAUGUCCCUGCAGGACCUGGCCAGCACAGCCGUGUCGAAAUCCCCCAGCCUCAUCCACCUGGACAUCAGCUUCAACCAGCUGCGUGUCAUCCAGCCCUUCCCUGAAGGUUCACCCAAGCUGGCACGCCUCAACCUGGCCGGAAACCCCAUCCACUGCAACUGCUACCUGCGUCCACUCAGGGAGUGGGCGAUUCGUAGCAAAGUGAAGCUGAUGGGGACAUGUGGAGGACCCGCCCACAUGUCAGGAGAGAACCUGGAGGCCGUUUACCCCUCUGAGCUGCGCUGUCAGAGCCAGGAGGCCAUGCUGAAGGCAGAGUUUGAGGAGGCAACCAGGAUCACACCACCACCCACCGAAGAGCCAGAGAACAAGGUCAAGUGUCCUGCCAACUGUGUCUGUGAGGCUGCGACACAUCACUCCUCAUGUGAGAACCGCGGUCACACCAAAGUUCCUCGGGGGUUCUCCCCCAGCACACGUCUCCUUGACCUGCGUGGCAACCACUUCCACUACGUCCCUAGCAACAGCUUCCCCGGUGUUGCCCAGGUGGUGUCCCUACAUCUGCAGCGCUGCAAGAUUGUAGAGGUGGAGGACGGGGCCUUCAGUGGAAUGAAGGGACUGAUCUACCUGUACCUGUCAGAGAACGAUCUCACUUCCCUCAGCCCUGACGCCUUUAAAGGCCUUCCUCAGCUGACGUACCUCCACCUGGAGAAGAACCGCUUCACUGAUUUCCCCAAAGGAGCCUUCAAACUGGUGCCCAGCCUGCUGGCGCUUCACUUGGAGAACAAUGGCAUCACCAAGCUGGAGCCGGACACCUUGAAUGGAGCUGAGGGCCUUAGAGCCCUCUACCUCACUGGGAACGCCAUCGAUCGCGUUUCACCCAAGGCUCUGGACCAGGCCAGUGACCUCGAUACGCUCCACCUGGGAGGAAACAAGCUGAAGGAGGUGCCCACUGAAGCACUGAGCAGGGCAGGGAACCUCAGAGACCUGAGGCUGUCUGGGAAUUCAAUUCGCUGGGUGGGCCCAAAUGCUUUUCGACCACUGGAGAGGUCGCUGAAGGAGCUGUACCUGGACAACAUGGGAUUGGAAAAGAUGUCACAGAACUCCCUGGCAGGUCUGGGUCCAGUGCUGAGGAGUCUCUUUCUGGAGGGCAACCAGCUGGAGGAGGUGCCCAGCCUCUACCCCCUCACUUCUUUGGAGGUCAUCAACCUGGCCGACAACCCUCUGAUGUGUGACUGCCCUCUGCUGCCACUACGCUUGUGGAUUGAGAAGGUCAACCUGAAGGUACGAGCCACCUGUGCCAAUCCCCCUGAGCUGAGGGGUCGCAAAGUCAAGGACGUCCACGUCUUCAAAGCCUGUCCCGGGGGCGAGAGUCUCCCCUCCACCCCUGACGUCACCCCAAAGCCCGCCAAGGCGCCAAAGGCAACCAAACCCAAGCCUAUGCAUCUCAAUGGCCUUCGUCAAGUCAAAAUGCUUAAAGCCAAAUCCAAACCUCGCAAAAGUCCCAAUACAAAACUGGCAGCAGCCAAGAAAACCACCAUGAGACGCACAUCGGCCUGAACCUGCUGCCUUUUGUACUGAUGUUUUGAGACCACAGCUUCUAGAAAACUGGCAACUGUUGAAGAUUUUGAGGUGAAACCAUGGCUCCAACUCUCGAAAACUGCAACCUCUGCUGACUUUGAAAGCUGUAGCUGCUGAGGCUGUUUCACAUCUCCUGCCAGCCAGUUUUUUUGUAGUAUUACCUUUUUGCUGUAUAAUCAAUAGUGUUGAAAAAGGUCGAAAAGAUUUUUUUUUCCUCCAUCAUCCAGGGAACCUACACUGAGCACACAUGCUCUUUGUCAGCACCACCCUGCUUCACAUUCACAGCAUUAGAUACACAUUCCCAGCUCCUCCGGGUUCUGAGCAGCUCAGGUGGGUGUUUUAGCAUCCUGAAGGAAAAUGAAGUGAAUGUCAUUAGCUUUAGUCAUUAUCAUUCAAAAAUGAUUCUCUUUGGCUUUAUGCUAGUUAUCCCAAACCACUACACCACAACUGCAGAAUGUAUGAACUAAUUGAAAGCCCAAUGCCAUUCAAGUCCCAUUUCUACAGAAACUCUGAGACAACAUUCACAUCAAAGUUGAGGAACAAUAUCUUUUUUUAUCACAUGUACAAAAAACAACAAAUUUGG